AUGAAAUCAAGCAUCAUUAUCAUUCUUGCAAUUGCAUGCAUAGUUUUAUUAAACUCAUCUGAUGGUAUGGAAAUGUUUCCAAGCAACGGCCAUCCUGUGUCAUCUGAAUGGGAUGUUGGAAGUAUGACAGAACAUCACAUGGAAAAACGACGACAUGAUCGUUCAAGAUGUGUUAAAUGUAGUACAUUCAGUAUCACUAAAUGUUGCGAGCCUGAUAUUUGUGUCAAACACACCUUAGGUCGUAACAAAUGUAAACGAAUCAAAGCUCCAAAAUAA